UGGCGCCAUGAGCGGCUCGAAGCCUGUGGACGGCGAUAAGUUCGUCUGCCUGGACGAGGGACGCGCGCCGCCGCCAGGCAACUGCCUCGUCUACUCGUUGGGAAUAUCGAACGAGUGGAGUUUCGACCGUGCCAUCACCCGCUACGGCUGUCAAGUCUACGCGUUCGACCCGUCCAUGACAAAGUACACGCGCAACACAACAGAGUUUGGCGCCCGCUUCUACAAGAUCGGCCUAGGCGGCCGCACGGAGACGAGGAAGAACGGUUGGCACAUGAUGACGCUGACCGGUCUCAGGGCCAAGCUGGGUCACUUGGAGCGAACCAUCGACUACCUGAAGAUAGACAUCGAGGGAAGUGAGUGGAACUGGCUCGAGAACGACAUGGCUGGCCUGGAGGGUGUCAGCCAGAUGGGCAUGGAGGUGCACAUGAAGAUGAACAUGAAAGGUCUCAGGCGGCACUAUGACGCAUUCUGGCGGAUACAGGAGGCUGGGUUCAAGAUGAUCCAUUCAAACCCUAAUAGGGUGUACGGCAGACAUUCUAAAGUGAAGGGAGUGAAAAGUAAAGUUGGCGCUUUGUAUGAGUUGGUCUGGAUGAGGGAUGGGUAGGCUAGACGAUUGUCACCAACAUGUUUUCGCUUUUGACGUGAGCACCUGCCAGCCUUGAUUUAAAGGGAGCUUUCCACAUUUGUAUGGAGAUUUGAACUGAAAAAACCGCCUUAAAGAUCAUCCGGUGCAUUUCACAGCCAGGCGUUCGUAACGCCUGAGCUCUCCUUCUUUCUGAGCUACACGUCCGUGAAGUUACGCAGGCUUUUCGAGGUGACCAUUUGAAUCACUCAGACGUGCAUGACGCCAUAAUAACACCAUUUAAAUCCUUCCUUCCGUUGGCUGUGCGAUGCUCAGGGUUAAUCACCAUAUACUUGUUUAGUCGUUCAUCUUUUCCGUUUGUGAGCACGAUUACCAGAUCUAACGGCCAUCAAUUGCCUCUCAAUCGCUGUUGUGCAAGAUAUGAUGACGUAAUCGCACAAUGGCAUGUUGAGCAGCAUAUUUAUUAAGCAUAAAAAUUGUAUGGUGUAGAACGGCUUCGUGCACUCAAAAACACACUAACUGUUAUAAGUGAACAUAUUUCAUCAUAUCUGAUGCUUCAAGAUCUUGAAAUGUGGAACAUUCUAUUCAACCCGCCCCCUCCCCCGGGAAGUUGACUUCCCCUGCGGAUUUUCGAGCAUAGAUAAAAUGAAUAAAUGAAGAUUUUUUUAAAAGUUAAUAAAUAAAGAUUUUUGAGCAUAGAUAACAUAUAUAAAAUGAAUGCUCACUGGAACACCAUAUUUUGAGUACCUGCUCAUUAUAAACUUGGCAUCCUUUGUGGUAAUUGGAAGGUUUGAUCUACAAAGGUCGGUAACCUAGAUCUGGUCAGAGGUCAACUUCUAAAUCAAGUUGACCUUGCAUGACGUUUUUGUGCGUGAUAAGCCAUUGUUAAAAAUAUAUGUAGUGAUAUAAUAUGAUAUAACUUACCGUCCUGCAUUUCAAAUUUGUUUCCAAAGCAAGCGAGGUAAGUGACCUGAGGGGAGGUCAUUUUUGUUAUUUGUCGUAAAUGAUGUCAAUUUCACGCAUUUUUGUUGAUUUUGGUGUUUGUGUACAAGUAAAACGCACUCACUCACAUGCGCAACCAUCCCAUGACCACAGAGCGUUUGACAUUGGCCUAGGUCAUGACCAACCUAUAUGGGUACCUUCUGGAAAAUACAUGCUGAGCAUAAAAGAGUUUGAUUGGUAGAUUUUCUAAGCAAUGGUGGUCGCAGAAUUCAAAGAUCUCAGUGAAAACAUCCUGUGAUACUAUUACAAUGCAAAAUGAGGCCAUAGUAGGUCACAUGAUGACAUACAAGGUUAUAUGAGGUCAUCUGAGGUCAACCGCCUCUGUUGUAGCAAAGAGGCUAAAUAAAAGAGUGCGACAUGUGUGACAUCUUCUAUGUCGUGCUUGUGAAGCUGAUGACAUAUACGUUCACACACUAACCAGCCUGUUCUCAGUUUGUUACGAGUGGAUUGCCAAACAUCGAAGGGCCUCUGUAUGAUGUAUACGAGAGCUAUGUGAUAUUGAGUACUUGUGAUGCACAGCACACUGUGAUCACAGCUAACCAUUACACGGGUCCUUUAGACCCGGUGAGCACUUCGAAUUUGUUCUUUAGGUGGUUUAUGAUUUUGACCUAGGAAGACCUCAGCUGAUGUCUAGGUCAGCCUAAAAUGACAUUUUUGUGUCAAGCUCGUCUUUUCCGCAGCUGCACCUAACAAAACACGCUUAUCCAGAGGGGCAUCGUAAAAUAAAUCAAAAUCAUAUCGUUCUUGUAAACUAUUGGUAGCCCAAUUUUGAACAGCGACCUGACCUGACCUAACUCUUGUGGGGGAAUAAAAUGGUCAUAAUGGACUCCCAAGUCUUACCGCUUGCUUUUGUGCCCUACAUAUUCUUCUUGGCGACUUAACAUAUGUUUUAGGUGCAUCUAACUGGGCAACCAUUCGGCUAUUUAACUGAGCAACUGAGCAAUCAGCACAGUAAUCUGACUGAGAAACCAUUUUUUCCUUUCGUAACCUGUGGUCACCUUACAUUUGACCUAAGAUCCAAAAAUUUGGUGUGCAUUCU